AUCCCCCCGCCACCCUUCAGCGCUCGUUCGUUGGAUGUUUAAGAUGGCGCAGGCAGCGGGCCGGUGCCGCUUCCCGGCCAGGCCGUGCGACCGGAGGCGCUGGGUGGCGCGCAGACGACGGCGGCGGCCUGGCAGCCCUGGAGCCGAGACUGAAGAUGCGGCAUCGGCGGCGCUCGGCCGCUUGGAGCUCGGACUCAGCCGCUUCGAGCAGCUGUUUGGCGGGAGCGGCAGCGAGAGUGAAGAUUUUGCAGGCUUCACAUCCGACGAUGAGACUCUGACCAGCUCCCUGCGUCUUGCCCUCCGCUCACAGAAACACAGAACGUUAAAUGCCGACACUCAUCGCCACCCUCCCAAUGAAACCCGGAUACCCACCCUGCCGUCGCAGCCUAAUGCACCCUCCCUGCCCAGCCACCCCCCUCCUCCCCCUACCCCUCGCGCCCUCCCGCCGACAGUGAGGAAGCCUCGCCUGCCCCGCAGGGGGCCAGUGACGGUGUCUGGACGCCGGGGGGUAGGCCGGCCUCGCCGCUGGCCCCACAAUCCACCACCGCCCAGCCGUAGGGGCCGUCGGCCAGGGGGGGCCGGCGGCCGGGGCAGAGGUUCCUGGCGGGGGCUGCGCCCUGGCAGGGGCAGGGGUAGGGGCAGGGGAAGGGGAGGAGGGGUUGUGGGGAGAGUGGGGCGAGGCAGACCCCCAAAGGCGAGGCCCCGUGGGAGACCCCCAGGACCACGGUCUAGAGCGGGGAGGGGGCGUCCACGGCUGUCGACACUUUCUCGGCUGACGGCCCCUUACCGGUUGUCAGCUCCUUCACCUGCCCCAUCCCCUUCUCCUCCACCGCCCCUUCCCACUACCCCUCCUCCAUCCACCUCCUCCACAUCGCAGGACCCCCCCACUCCGAAGCGGGCCAAGUCCCGCUUUCUGAAGAACAUCCGGCAGUUCAUCAUGCCGGUGGUAAGUGCCCGUUCCUCCCGCCUCAUCCGCACCCCCCGACGCUUUAUGGACGAAGAGCUGGUGCCCCCCAGGGCAGCCAUCCCACCUCCUCCCUCCUCCUCCUCUUCCUCCUCCUCUUCCUCCUCUGAUGCCAGUCCUCCCCAUUCACCCAGCUCCAGCUCGCCGACCAGAUCUGUGACUGGGGCCCCAGAGCCCACUGCUCCUGCUGGGCUUCCUGCAUCGUCCCCCCUCCAUCCUCUAGACAGUCCCCCCCGCCAUGGGCAGGAUAUGGACACCCUCUCCCCUCCCCCCUGCUCCCCGGAUCCUGGGACGGCUCCCGCCAAACCCCGGGGCGUUCGGACCAGGAGCAUGGGCCCGAGGGCGAGCAGCUCCCGGCCCUCCUCACCCCACCCUGAGUCAGGAGCGAGGGAGGAGGGGACAAUGGGUGUCCAGGUGGUUUCCUCACUACCUCCAGAGGCAUCAGCGAGUGAGCUGAAGGGGAUCACCCACACAAAGGAGGAGCAGGAAGGAGAGCCAGCGUCCCUGGAAGUGGAGAGACCCCCUUCUCCCCACUCUCCCCCCUUACCCCAGCACCAUGCGGAGGUCUCGCGGGAUGGCCAGACACAGACGGAGGCUGCAGGCGUCACGCGGGAGGAGGGUGGCCAGGAGGAUCAGCAGGAGGUGGAGGAGGGUGGGGCAGAAGCCUCCCUGCAGCCCCCCUCCCCCAGCUGCCAGCCUCUCCUGUCGGCGAUGGACGAGAGGAUGGUCAACCUGCUGAAAGCGGCCAAAGUGCAGCUGAUCAAGAUCGACCAGCAGAAGCAGUGGAAGUCCCAGCAGCAGCUUGCCGUUCAGACAGAUGGUGAGGUGAACCAUUCCUCUGAUGGACUCCGGCAGCCCCACAGAUCGGAGACAGAGAGCGACGAUGAAGAGGCGUUGAAGCGUAAGCUGGGCUCAGAAUCGCCCCCUCUGGAAGGGAAGCGACCCAGAGUGGAGUCAGAGGCUCGGCUGCCCCUCCAGGGUCCUCGGAUUAAGCAUGUGUGUCGGAGGGCAGCUGUGGUCCUGGGCAAGCCCAGGGCCAUAGUGUCUGCCGACGUUCCCAGGCUCAGUGCACUACCCAUGCAUGAGAGGGACGGCAUCAUGACGGGACUGAUGGAUGUGGACUCCUCAUCCUCUGGACCGGACAGCCCUGCCCCUGCCCCUGUAACUGCUGUGCCAGUGCUGAAGUUGAAGCCGCCUGAGCUGGGUGACGAGGUGAUGGCAGAGGGGUCUGCGCCGGGGGCAGAGGCAGGGUCAGAUUUGACAUCGCAGCCGGGUAUGGAGUGCAGCAAGCCCCUCCCAGUCAUGGGGCAGCCCAAGCGGAGGGGAAACCGGUGUGGUAGCUGCAAGGGCUGCCGGAACCUGGCUGACUGUGGCAAGUGUGUCAACUGCCUGGAUAAGCCCAAGUUCGGGGGCCGUAACACCAAGAAACAGUGCUGCGUGUGGCGGAAGUGUGACAAGAUUGAACGACGGAGGCAGGAACGUCUAGCAAAUGUGCGCAAGCGGAGUCGUUCUGCCCUGCUACCGGUCGUGGACACCCGCCCGGUUAUGGGAAAGGAUGAUGAGGAGUGGCUUCCAGACUCGCGAGGCUAUGCUCCCUCCGAGUACGCAGUGGAGAUGCCGGCAGGGGAGGAGGAGGCCCCCCGCCGCGGCCAGCUCCCUCCCCCCACCGGUUCAGAGACUGCACUCACCCCCGAGGCACAGCUUCAGCGCAAAUCCAUCCGCCGCUCGGCCCGGCAGUGGUCCUACUACGCCCUGUUUGAGGAGUCCGACCUCUCUGCCUCUGAUGAGGAUGGCAAGCCCGGUGCAGACGACUUCGCAGAUGUCGACGAACAAGGCCGACUGAAACCACUACACCUCAAAUCCCGGAAAAGCAGAGAGAAGGACAGGCCGGUGCUCCUCAGCAAGCAGGAUCAGAUGGUAUUGAGUCCGCUUAGCCCUGUCACCAACGGCAGCAACAGCCGGUACAAGGGUCCCAGCGAUGGUGUGCAUAGGAUCCGAGUGGACUUCAAGGAGGACUGCAGCAUCGAGAACGUCUGGCUGAUGGGUGGUCUGAGUGUCUUGUCGUCCGUGCCCAUCCAGACCCCUCGGGUUCUCUGUCUGUUGUGUGCCAGUCAUGGCCACCAUGAGAUGUUGUACUGUCAGGUAUGCUGUGAACCCUUCCACACCUUCUGCUUGGAGGAGAGCGAGAGGCCGUUGGACGAGCAAAAAGAAAACUGGUGCUGCCGUCGCUGCAAAUUCUGCCACGUCUGCGGGCGCAAGAGCAAGAGUUCCAAGCAUCUCCUGGAGUGCAUCAAGUGUAGAUCGACCUACCACGUGGCAUGCCUGGGUCCCAACUACCCCACCAAGCCCAACAGGAGGAGGCAGAACUGGGUCUGUCCUAAGUGUGUGCGGUGCAAGAGCUGUGGUGCCACAACGCCAGGAAGAAGUUGGGAUGCGGAGUGGUCGUAUGACUUUACUCUGUGCAAUGACUGCGCCAAGCUCUUCGAGAAAGGUAACUACUGCCCCAUCUGUACCAAGUGCUACGAGGACAACGAUUAUGAGAGCAAGAUGAUGCAGUGCUCAAAAUGUGACCACUGGGUGCAUGCCAAGUGUGAGGGGGUCACAGAUGAGAUGUACGAGAUCCUGUCCAACCUCCCCGACAACAUUGUUUACACCUGCCUGCCCUGCAUGGAGGGGCGACCCGCUGAGUGGCAGGAAGUGGUCACCAACGAGCUGCUCUCUGGCCUGAGGCAGGUGCUGACUGGCCUCGUCACGUCCCGACUCACCGCCCACCUCCUCAAGCACAGGGAGGUGGCGCCAAGUGAUGAGGACUUGGAGGAGUUUGACACCAGGACUCCCUAUGACCUGGACAUGGUGAAGCAAAAGUUUGACGAGGGUGAUUACACUUCGGUGCUGGGUUUCUCCGACGAUGUAGUACGGAUCAUUCAGAGCAGCAUCAACGAGGAGCUGGAACAUCCUGAUGCCAAGCGAGCCAGCAUCUCUGCCAAAGCCUACUUCAUAAAGCAAAUGGAGCGCAUCUUCCCGUGGUUCAAGGUGGAGGACUCCAAAUACUGGGAAGACAGCGGGAGUUUACCCAAUGGUGUCCACCCUAAUGCGGUGGUACCCCCUUCUCUGGACCACAUGUACGCCCAGUGGCGGGAGCAGACGGAUGCCAUCACCUCCCGGAAAGUCCAGCAGACCAACGGCCAGCAGCAGAUAGAGUGUGGGGGCGCCAGCGCCCAGGACGAGCUUCUUGGUAGGAAGAGUGAGAUGUUGGAUCCCAGUGCUGCCUUCGGCCCUGAAGACGGACGGCAGUGCGCCUUGUGUCUGAAAUACAGCGACGACAAGGUCAAUGAUGCUGGCCGGCUCCUGUACAUCGGCCAAAACGAGUGGACACAUGUGAACUGUGCCCUGUGGUCGGCAGAGGUCUUUGAGGAAGGCGAUGGUUCACUGAAGAAUGUACACAUCGCAGUGGGACGGGGGAAACUGAUGCGCUGUGAACAUUGCCAGAAGCCUGGGGCCACGGUCGGCUGCUGCCUCUCCUCCUGCCAGAGCAACUACCAUUUCAUGUGUGCCCGGGCCUGCAACUGUGUGUUCGAGGAAGACAAGAAGGUGUACUGUCAGCGUCACAAGGACCUUGUGCAGGGGAAGACGGUACGUGAGGAUGGCUUUGAGGUGAACAGAAGGGCUUUUGUCGACUUCGAGAGCAUCACCCUUCGUCGCAAGUUCUUGACAGGGCUGGAGCCUGAAAACAUCACCAUGACAAUCGGUUCCUUGACCAUCAACAACUUGGGGGUUCUGACGGAACUGUCGGAGUGCGAGGGUCACAUCUUCCCAGUGGGUUAUCAGUGUUCACGGGUGUACUGGAGCACGACGGACGCUAGGAAGAGGUGCAUGUACCGCUGCAAGAUCGUGGAGUACCACCCCCCGGCCUGGGAGAGCAUCAAUGGCAUGGAUGACGGAGGCAACCACACCAUCGUUCAUAGUCCCAGCACGGCCGAUACCGUUGAGGUGACAGAAGCAACUGUGAAGAGUUCACCGGAGCACCCCCACCCUGUGCAGAACGCCAGACCCUUGCCCCCUCCCCGUGCCCAGUCUUGCAGUCGCAUCAAGGUGCCAAGUUAUGGUCCCACCAGCCGCUGGUCCUCAGGAAGUUCCCGGCCCUUGCCCUGCCCCGGAAGCCCAGUGUCUGUGUCCCACCACAUCCUGACAGUCAGUGACCCCACUGUCUCGCCAAGCCGCCGCUCGCUGGUGCCCCGGAGACACAACCUGGCCUCCCACCAUGCCCCACCUCGCAGCAAAGCCACGUCUCCUCCCAGAGCCACCGUUCCCCCUCCAUCUUCCUCCUUGUUGUCCUUCAGGGCCACCAAGGAAGCCCCCUCAUUCCUUCGCCGCCGAGAUGGGACAGGCAACGGACUGAUGGAGAGGCGAGGGAUCACUGCCUCCCCCUCGGCCGCGGUGGGAGGAGGCAACCACCGGCCUCCGUCCCCUUCCCCAGACUCAUCCCUCCUCCCUCAGAGCAAUGGACUGGAGAGACGGGGGGAAGGAGAGGAGGAAGAGGAAGAAGAAACGGAAAGGAACUCCGUACUCCGCGGCCCUGACCAGCGGCUCGCUGGCGAGCUCAGGGUCUUGGAGACCCCUGCCCCAAAUUUCUCCUCCUGUCCUCUCUCUGCCGUGGAACUCCUGGCCUCCCAGCUGGCACGGGACAGAGAUGUGGAGGAGGAAGAGAUGGAGGAAGACGAUGACACUCCGCCUUCCUCCCUGCUAGAGGAUGAGGAGCCCCCCUUCGGCAUCGAUGAGGAGGACCUUGUCUCGGCGCUGGCUAAGGGCGAGCAGGAGCUGGCGGAGCCCUUCUCUGACCACCACCCCUCUCUGCUGCGCCGUGGCGUGGGAGAGGGCAAGCGGGGUCCACCAGAGGCCGAGGAGGAGGUAGAGGAUGAGGAGGACGAGGACGAUGAGGUCAACAGCUCCAGUGAUGAUCUGGACCGCUACUACAACUUUGCCCGGACCGUGGUUACCGAGGAGGUGAUGGAGCAGCUGGCAUCGGAAUGCUUCCCGCUGGAUGGCGAUGUUCCCCGCAUCGACCAGCUGGAUGGCACAGACGACUCAGCUGACCGCGAGCCUCCCACUCCUUCUACCAGGGGUGCCCCAGAAGAGCAGGAGGAGGCACCGGAGGGGGGCGCAGGAGAGGGGGGGAGCAGCCAGCCUCCACAGGCCUCUCCAGACGCUCCCCUCCCAUCGCCAGGGAAAGGGGAGGUGGAGGAUGAGCUGGGCAAUAUCCUCCCCUCCGAGAUCAUGGACUUUGUCCUCAAGAAUACAUCUGUCAUCCCCACUCCUCCUCCGCCUCCACCCCCUCCUCCUCCUCCACCUCCACCACCACCGCCUCCUGCCUCCCACCCCUCUGACUCACCUGCCCCCCACCAGCUAGGGUCCCUGGGCCCCUGCAAGGAGAUCCCGCUGCUGCCCCAAGGUGGGACAGCCCCGCCGGACUCUGAAGAGGAGCCCCCCUUCCCUGAGCCCCCACAGGUCCAGCGAGUCUGUGCCCCACAGGCAGCCAGUCCCUCCUCCUCCCCUUCCAUCACGGUCUCUGUUUCCGGCGAAGGACUCUUCCUGUCAGGAGGGCAUGGUCUCGAAGUGGGGGAGGUUGCUGGACGGGAACCAGCUGCCUCCAUCCCCUCUUCGCUCCCGCGGGGCCCCAAGGCUGAGUCUCGACCCCCGCCCUCUUCCUCCUCUUCACCCCACCUCUCUGGGUCCCAGCUGAAGCCGGUAGCACCCAAGGUUCUCCCGCCUUCCUUCCUCCCCUCAGGCCUGCAGCUUCCCCUCCUCCAGCUGCCAAAGCCGGAGGUGCUAUACCUCAACCAUGUCCCCCCUGCUCCCUCACCUCACCCGCAACCCCAACCAGGCUAUGGAACCCUGCUGGUGGCCCCUCAUGGGCCACUGGCUUUGUUGGGCCCCGAAAUCCCUUCCCUGGCUCUGGCGCCCCCUCUCCUCAAUGUGGUCCCUGUCGGUCCCGGGACCCUGCCCUUGUUGAGCCAUCCCCCACCCCCAGGGGGCUCUCCCCUGCCCGUCUGCCAACCCUCCCUCCUCCUACACCAGCAGCACCCCCCUGGACCCCUCAAGCACGUCCUGCCUCCUCCAGACAGGGGCCUUUGCAAGAAGCAGAAGAUCUCCCACCCCUGUCCAACCUCAGCCGGAACCACCCCUGAGCAGGCUCCCAGACCGUCAGCCCCUGCCUCGCUGGGAAACGUCCGCGUGCGGAUCAAAACACCAACCAUCAAAGCUGCUUUGGACCUGGAUCGCGCGGAGGAUUUGCACACCAGAAACUCGAUGUUACAGCAGAGCCAGGAGCCGGCAGCACCACUGCGAGAUAUCUUACCGAUGCAGGACGCCACUGCUCGUCUUGGCAACCGCCGCAGCCCACCCAGGGUCUGGCGUCGCACAGCCACUGAUUUGAGCUCGGACGAGGAAUACCUGCCCUCCUAUUGCCAUAAGGAGGAAGAGGAGGAAGACGAGGAGGAGGACGAGGACGACGAGGAUGAGGAAGAAGAGGACGAAGAGGAGAAGGACAAGGAGAACUGGCAGGAGACGGAGCCACAGCGGAGACACGGGCCACAUUUGCGGUUUGAGAUCACCAGCGACGACGGGUUUGCAGUCUCGGCUGACAGCAUCGAUGUGGCGUGGAAAGCCGUGCUGGAUAAGGUUUUGGAAGCUCGCGCCAGCGCCCGCCUCAAGCACGUCUCCUUUGCAGGGAUGAGUGGGCUCCGGUGCCUGGGCCUGACUCACGAUGCUGUGCUGUUUCUGGUGGAGCAACUCCUCGGGGCUAAGAACUGCCGCAAGUACAAGUUCAGGUUCCACAAGCACGCAGACGUGGACGAACUUCCCAUCAACCCUCAUGGCUGUGUCAGGGCUGAGGUGGGGUCCAGGAAGUCGACGUUUGACAUGUUCAAUUUCCUCGCUUCACGGCACCGCAAGCUUCCGGAGUACGGAUUUGUGGACGAGGAGGAGGACGAAGUGCACCUGAAAUCAGCACGGCGUGCGACUAGCAUGGACCUCCCGAUGGCCAUGAGGUUCCGUCAUUUAAAAAAGACUUCCAAAGAAGCAGUGGGUGUGUACAGGUCUGCAAUCCAUGGCCGUGGUCUCUUCUGUAAGAGAAACAUUGAUGCAGGCGAGAUGGUGAUAGAGUAUUCCGGAAUUGUCAUUCGAUCGGUGUUAACGGACAAGCGGGAGAAAUACUACGACAGUAAGGGGAUCGGCUGUUACAUGUUCCGCAUCGACGACUUCGAGGUAGUGGACGCCACCAUGCAUGGAAAUGCUGCCCGCUUCAUCAACCACUCGUGCGAGCCCAACUGCUAUUCGCGUGUGAUCAACGUGGAGGGCCAGAAACACAUUGUCAUCUUCGCUAUGCGCAGGAUCUACCAGGGCGAGGAGCUCACCUACGACUACAAGUUCCCCAUCGAGGACGCCAGUAACAAGCUGCCCUGCAACUGCGGGGCUCGUAAAUGUCGCCGCUUCCUCAACUGAGGGAGUGGGGCCAGGGUGGGGAUCGGCCAUGGGACCAGGGGCAAGAGGGGGGGUGCACCCCUCCCCUCCAUACACCCUCACAGAGGCAGAGGGAGCGCCGAUUCUAAGUUCCCCAUGACGCCAGAUCAGCCCCCCGCCUUUUCCUCAGGGUUUUCUGCUCCCUCUCCCUUCUUGUUCUUCAUCCCCUUCCUCCCCUUUCACUCCCUACUGCCUUCUCCUGUCAUGUCUGCUCCCACGUUCUCCCUCGUCCUCUGAUCCCUCCUUCAUCCUCUUUGAUCCUCCCUCUCAUCUUUGCUCCCUCCAAACCUACUCUUUGCUGCCUCCUCCCUCCCCUCCAACUCUUACUCCCUCAUCCUCCUUCCUCUUUCUUCCCUUCAUCGUUCUCUAUCUUGCCAUCUCCUCACCCUCCUCCUCCCAUGCCCCCUCAUUCCCUGUUCGCUCCAUUACCCCUUUCUUUCCUCCAAGUUGAAGGGACAGGGGACAUAACCUCCACUUUGUAACCAGUGCUGGGCAUAUCCUCCUCUGCACCCUCCCCCCUCCCCUCCACACACUAAGGGGCUCCCUACCAUUCUCUUUGCUCAGCAGACUGUUGAUGCCCCACUCCUGGGGUCUCUCUAAUCUGGAUAGCUGCGGUCCAGUGCCCCACCAUCCCGCAGAGUUGGGGAGAGAGCACAUCGGCCCUUCCCGCAUGCAUCCAAACCUCACCCCUUCCCUCAUACUCCCAAACGUCACCCCCUCGCCACUUUGGCAGCAGUCAUGGGCGUUCACACAAAGGGGCAGACCAAACCCUGUGUGUGACCGGACCCAGGUCCGAUGGGAGACCUCAUCUGCCCCAGUGUCCUAAUCGUUUAAUUCCCUCUAGUUUAAGAAUCGGGUUGGGGGGGUGGAAAUAACCUGCUCUAACUUUGUGUAUAAAAAAAAAAAAAAAAUUCCUCUAAGUUGUACAUACCUGUACAGAUAUUUCUAAAACUCCCUUCUUUUCUAUGCACUUUUUUAUUUAAGAAAUUGUUUCCUUAAUAAAGAUGUUAAGUUGUUCACA